AUGUCGACCCGCCGAGCUCCACGGCAUACCCCCUCCCCCGCGCCCCUCCUCUCCCACUCGACCCUCACCUUCCUCGGCCACUGGCGCGGUCAGCUCCUCAUCACCUCCCUCGCGCUCGUCAUCGGCUUCAUCUACUUUAUCCUGCGCGACCCUAUCGAGCGGUGGAAGCGGCGUCGGCGGGAAAGGUCGUCUGCGCGCGCCAGGGGCGCAUUGUUGGCGCUGGAGAGUAAGCGGGUGGAGAGGGAGGAGAAGGAGCGGGAGGAGGUUGCGGCAAAUGGUCAUGGGCAUGGGACGAGUGCGGCUGGAACUGCUAGUGGGCAUGGGAAUGGGAGUGGAGGGGAUAGAGGGAGAGGAGGCAAGAGGGAUGGGAAGCGGCGCAAGGGGAGUUUGUUGAAAGUUAAUGGGAAUGGGCAAGGGCAGGGAGAGGGGACAGGGUCGGGAAUAGGGAGUACGGGCGCUUCGUCUUUGGAGGGAUCGCCAGCGCCCUCUUCGGCCAGAGGGAGGAAGGGCAGUGUGGCCCAGUCGACAGGGGAGGGACCGUCCCCGCAAGUGGGAUCUGCACAAGCAGCAGCGGCGGAGACGUCCUUGUCGACCCCGACGCCCAAGAACAAGGGGAAAUCAAAAGCCACCCCGAAAGAUCGAGGGACGCCCGAAAUCCGGCUCAAGCGCCCGGAGGAUGAUUCGCCAUCAAUACCUCAACAUCCACAAAUAUCCCUCCCCAGCUCCUCUCCGCUGGUCGGCUCGUCCUCGCUGCCUUCGGAGAACGGACCCGGUCACGGACACGACCCAGAUCCGUGGUCCAUCCCUCUCCCGUCUUCACCCUUCGCCGGACCGUCCCGGCUAUCUCUCCAACCCACUCCGGCCUCCGGGUCGGCUUCGGCAUCCGUAUCUGCAUCAGCCUCAGCAUCCUCAGUAUCGGACGACCGAUCCGAGGCCGACCCCGCAGAGCAGGAGAUGCGGGAUGGACCCGAAGGAUCAGGUCGAAGUGUCGCGACAGAUACGGACGAGAAGGGUUCAAGACGAGAGGGUGGAUUCUCCGUUUACCCAGAGGACGGGUACCUGCCUCCUUCUGCCCCAGCCGCCGCGAGCGCGAGCGGGAAGAAGAAGAAGCGGGGGAAAAGUAAAGGAGCGGCGUCUUCUUCCCCUGCCAAUAUACCUACUCCGCCACUCCCUCCGCCGUCUCCUCGGAGGUCCCGAGCACCCUCCGUCCCCCUCUCCCUCAUCUCCAUCCCUGAGUCAUCGACUGCUCCUGCCCCCUCGCACCACGGCUCCGCCCCCAUACCACACUCGAGCAGCAACACCUCCCUCAACCCCACCUCGAUCCUCUCGCCCCCGCCUACGCCCCGCCGUGCGCACUCACGCAAGACGUCGUUAGGCGGCCGACCGUUCGGGAUGGACCUGGAGGAUCUGUUGUUGGAGAAAGAGCGGACGAUUGAUGCGUUGCGGGCAGAGAUUGGGGAGGCCAAGGCGGAGGAGGCCAAGGCGUUGCAUGAGGCCCAAGAGGCGCGUGGGGAGGUGGAGAGCCAAAAGGCCGAGGUGGAGCGGGUGAGAAAGGCGGGAGGGAGGGUGGAGGUUGAAUUGAAGAGACGGGAGGGGGAGCUCCAACGCCAACUCGCACAUACCACCCAACUCCUCUCUGUCCAAGCUGCCCGCUUGAACCAAUUCGAGCAGCUCAUAGCAUCCACCGGGAUCCAGCUCCCUCCCCCUCCGUCCCCUCUCCUCAACUACGGAAUGAUGAACCCGAAUGGCAAUGGCCUCGUCAAUGGCCACUCCCAUGGAUACAGCAACAGCCACGGACAUGGUCAUGCUCCCGGCCACGGCCAACGCAUGGCCAGCAUGCCCAUCUCACCGAUGGCUUCCGCUUCGUCCCCGGUCUCGUACCCGCUCGGAUAUCCCAGUCCUAUCGCCAACGGCCGCGGCGGGGUCGGCGGCGCCGGUCAGAGCUCGCCGAUGCUCUCGUACCCCAGUCCGGGGAUGUAUCUGCAGUCACCGGCUCACGGCGGGCAAGCGCAAGCACAAGCGCAGGGUCAAGGGAUGCUCCACCCGAAUUUCGCGCAGCAGCAACAUCACUAUCAACAGCAAUUGCACCUGCAGCAGCAGCAGCAGCAGCAGCAACAGCAGCAGCAGCAGCAGCAGCAGCAACAGCAGCAGCAGCAGCAGCAGCAGCAACAGCAGCAGCAGCAGCAGCAGCUCGCCAAUGGCCAUAGUCAUCAUACGCAACUCCAACCCCUCUCUCCGAGCCCAUUCCGCCGGCCUUCGUCCUCGGUCUCAGGGUCAGUAGGCGAUCAUCCCCUCGCUGGACCACUCACGCCGGGUCUGCUACCGCUACCGUAUCCCGCCGAACUGGGGAUUGGCCGACCCUCACCUUCUUCGGGAUCGUCAUACCGUCGAUCUAGCCGUUCCAAGUCGAAAUCCCAAUCCAAGUCUAAGUCACAGUCGGGAUCGGAAUAUGCGGGCGGGACGGGUGGGUCCGAUUACGGGGGCGCGGAUGGGGACGACGAUCAUCAUGAUCAUGAUAACGACGAUGAGGCGGGCGCUAAGAUGGAUGUGGGGGCGGGAGUGGGGAUUGGGGGAGAGAUGGAUCCGGAACGGAGAGCUAGUAUUGCGCUGAGCGUGAUGAAGGCCAAGGCGAAGACGGAGGCUGGUGUUGCUACCUCGGGGGGUGCAGCGGGAGUAGGGGCGGUAGAAGAAGCAAAAGAUAGCCCGGCGGAAGGGAUGGGAGAAGGGGAGGAGGGAGCGGUACAGGGUCUGGGGAUGGGGUUGGGCGAUCUCGAAGGGGUUGGGUCGAGCUUUGCUAGUCUUAGCCCGACGGCUGUCCCCCGGUCGAACGCCCAGGAAGGGGAGCGGAACAACGGUCUUCAUUCGGAACACGAAGCGGACGGCGACGGCGACGCCGAUCACUCCAGCACGACCUCUUCCCGACGGACCGGAACAUCCACCUCUCCCAGUCCCAAACGCAUCCUCGUCACUCCUGGCGCACCAGAUAUAUUCCCCCUUGCCGACUCGGAAGCCAUCGCCACGGCGGAAGAAGGACCGGUCGUUGUGGUGCAUAACGGCAGUGGCAGCGGCAGCGGGCGGGGAAGUCGGUCGAGCUCUGGAUCGGGCCGAGGGAGGCUGGGUCUGAUCGAUGCCUCUCUGGCCGGGAUGAAAGGCGGGGAUGGCGGGUAUCGGCAUACCAAUGGGAAUGGGAACGGUCACGUGGAAGCAGUACCGGUCCCAGUAUCACAAGAGGUGUACACCCCGACAUUCGCCUCGCUCGCGCAUACCCCGGAACAGUUGAAGGAAAUUGCGAGGAUGAGGGAGAUGGCGUUGAGGAGGUAUGCGAGUGCGAAUGUGAGUCAUGCGUCUUCUGGGCCUGCUGGGGGCAUGGGGGAGAGACGGGCGAGUGGGAUGAGUGUGGGUAGUUCGCUUGGGGCGGGAGAGGGGAGAUAG